GUGCACAUACGAGGAAAAGAGAGAUACUGUGGUAUAUUCUUGAUGGUGUACAGAUAUAGAGCCGAUUGGCCUAAAGCCUUGACCCAACGUUACGCAAACUCACAUGACCACCCUGGAAUGGUGAGCUAGAUAUACAGUAAUCAAGAAACAAAGAAGAGGGCCCGUGAGAUUCUGCGAGGAGCAAGUAGAAAGAAAUUUUUUUCCUCUUUUGCCAUGUUUGGAUGCUGUGAAAAGGGGUUGAUGGAGGGGAUUUGGAGAGUGUCUUGUUGGCCUCUCUGAAUUCCCUUCUUCAAUAUCUGCUUGUUUGUUGCCUGAUAUAAUCAAUUUAUCAUACCCUCUCUUGAAAGUUAGUUUUGUUUUUCCCUUUUUGCUUGGAAACGGGCCAAAGAAUUGCGGGGAAGUUGGAGUUGAAGUGCAAAAGGAGUCAAGAGAGUGGGGGAGGUUCCUUGCUUGGAGUCAGAGUUGUGGGCUUGGUUUUGUUUGUUCAGCAGAUUAUGGAGAUGGAGGUUUCUUGGUAGGUGUUUGUGGGUUGCAUUUGGUUGACUGUUUGGGGCUGGAGGUUUCGUUUUGAUUCAAAGCUGACAACGGGGUUUCAUUAUCAUGUACUAGCUGUUAGUUGGUCUGACUUGAAUAAGAGUGCUGAUUCAAAACCAAGCUUGAUUGGAUCUAUCUACAACACAAAGUUUCAGACUUACCGUUAUCCUUAGCCGAAGAGCAUAAAGUCUCUUCUGGGGCAUCAAGGAAACCAAGCAAGUGCUAUCUCCCUGUUUUGGUUGAAUGCUCCUUCCGUGAGGCAAAUCUUGCUCCUCUGGCAUUAAGUCGAGCUACAUAUAAUUUAGCUGCACUCAGGCGCAACUCUCCUUUGGCAAUUUAUACUUGGAUUCUGAAGAACAGAAACUUUCUUCAAGCCCUUUGGCAAAUAUAUGCUUUUGCAGCACUUCGGGGUAAAUCUCCUAUGCAAGUUUGAGUUCCUCUAGUUGGUUUUGUGCGUACAUGUGUUCCAAUACCCAAGGAGGGCUCUCCAGUUCUGACUGCCAUUUUCGCAUCCAGUGAAAAUUCCAGCCUUUUGGUCUUUGAGCUGGUUGUUCGGCUAGCUGAUUUGGAUUUCUACCACGGUGCUGUUCACUGGCAUAUCCGUUGGUGAAACUUUUGUCUAUUCUUGGGCAAAUCUCCUUUGGCAAUUUUUGGAGUCUUUGGGCUCUUUUUAUCCCUGUAGUGGGGCAAAUCUCCUUUGGCAUUUGGAGUCUUGCGACUCCUUUUUAUCCCUUUGUUGGGCAAAUCUCCUUUGGCAUACUAUCUCCAGUCCUGGAGAUACUUAAAUUUGUGAAAAAGGUCUAUUUCGAAGCUGAGACGCUAUUGUUUUCGUCCUUUAGUCUGCACAGACUUCUUAUCCUGGUUGGAGUUGAUCAUUUGAUUCAAUCUGGCAGAGGUUAUCAUUGGAACUUAGUCAGUCUCAAGCGUACUCAGGAGUCGGCAUUAUGGAUUCACUACUCAGUGAUUUUGACAGUUUCAGUGACAGCAGCAGCUCGGAGGAUCAGGAGGAUAUUGAGUCUCUGUAUGGUGGGCAGGCCUGCACCAUCUUCUCAAGUCUCGAGGAAACCAUAGAAAAAAUUGAUGAUUUCCUGUUGUUUGAGAGGGGAUUCUUGCACGGGGACAUAGUUUGCUUGGUGUCAGAGCCAUUAGGUCAAAUGGGAAAGGUGAUCAACGUGGAAAUGACUGUUGACUUGGAAAAAAUUGAUGGAAGCAAAAUACGAAAUGUCAGUUCUAGAGAUCUUCAGAGAAUACGCUCACUGUCUGUUGGGGACUAUGUAGUCCAAGGGGCAUGGCUUGGGAAAGUGGAAAAAAUAGUUGACCAUGUGACCAUCCUGUUUGAUGAUGGAACAAAAUGCAAAUUAACUGUGGAUGGUCCAGAAAAGAUUGUUGCCCUAUCUCCAGAUAUAGUUGAAGAUCCACAAUAUCCUUUCUAUCCUGGACAAAGAGUUCAGAUUGAGUCCUCUUCUGUUUCUAGAUCGACUCGCUGGUUGUGUGGUAUCAGAAAGGAUAAACAUGAGCAAGGCAUCGUUUCCAAUGUUGAUGCUGGACUUGUGUAUGUCGAUUGGCUUGGCUGUGCUGUCAUUGAAGGUGAAAAGGGACCUGCUCCCGCACGUUUGCAGGAUUCGAGAAAUCUAUCCGUGCUAUCCUCUUUCCCCCAUGCAAAUUGGCAGCUUGGUGAUUGGUGCGUUAUUCCAUUGCAGCAGAGUUUGCCAAGUGUUUGUGCCUCUCGCCUGGUCAAACAACAUAAGCAAUCAGAGAUGAUAAGUCAGAGUGGGGACCUCACUCCUAAUUUUCAACAGAUUGCUGUUAUUGUAAAGACAAAGACUAAACUCGAUGUCCAGUGGCAGGAUGGCAGCCGAUCAAUGGGAUUAGAUUCACAUAUGUUGUUCCCUGUAAAUAUUGUUGACGCCCAUGAUUUUUGGGCUGAUUCUUUCGUGUUGGAAAAGGGAACAGCUGAUGAUUCAGAAGUUCCUGGCUUUCAGAGAUGGGGUGUUGUAAGAAGUGUGGAUCCGAAAGAACGAACUGUGAAGGUGAAAUGGUGUAAAUCCUCUCUGAAUCUGCUCGAUUCUAAGGAAGAACAGAUGGAGGAGACCGUGAGUGCUUAUGAACUGGUUGAGCAUCCAGACUACUCAUACGGCCUGGGCGAGGUAGUUUUUAGGACGGACAAGAGCAUUGUUGAUCUCGGAGAUGUUGAUCGUGAGAGAAGCUGCACAAUCUCCGAAAUUUACAUGGGGGAAGACGCUGAUUUGAAGGGUGUUGAGAUCAUUGGAGAUCAGAUUAAAUAUCUCAAGGACAAAUUCUUAUCUUAUUUUGGGACUGUAGUUGGUUUUAAACAUGGGGAUGUUGAAGUGAAAUGGGCUACUGGUGCUACAACUAAGGUUGCACCAUAUGAGAUAUAUAAGGUUGAUAAAUGUGAAGGUACAACUACUCCUGAGCUCGAUGAUGACAAUGUUCAGCCACCAAAUGAGGAACCUCAAGUAAAGAAUCAAUUGUUGGGCCAAAAGUUAAAGGACACCUUGGGUCUGGACUGCGAUAAUGCAAAGGAAUCCACUUCGAAUUUCAUUUCUCAAGUUGCUAUAGGGGUUUUCUCCAGUAUAACUUCAAGCCUGUUUGGAUCCCUGACUACAUCCCUGAUUAGUGGAUAUAAAUACACAUCAGAUGGCGGGCAAAUUAAUGGAAAACCCCCUGCGGAGGAAUCAUUGGAACUUUGCAAUUUGAACCUUGGCGAACAAUUUCCAGUGGUAGAUGAUUUGGAGAUGCCUGAAAAGAUAACUCCGCUGCAGAUUAAAGAAGCUAACGAGAAUAUUAUGAUGCCAUCUAGCAGCAAGAAUCCAGAAUCUUUUAGGCAGUUUGAUAUGGUUAAUGAUUGCUCCGAUCACCACUUUGUCAAAGAAUCUGGGAUGGACCUCCACUCCGCCCAGGUGAAAAGAGGCUGGCUGAAGAAGGUUCACCAAGAAUGGAGCAUUUUGGAGAAAGAUCUUCCAGAAACAAUCUAUGUGCGUGUCUAUGAGGAGAGAAUGGAUUUGGUUCGAGCAGCAAUUGUAGGCACUGCUGGGACUCCGUAUCACGACGGAUUGUUCUUUUUUGAUAUAUGUAUCCCCCCACAAUAUCCCAAUGAGCCACCUAUGGUAUACUACAACUCUGGUGGACUGCGCAUCAAUCCGAACUUGUACGAAUCUGGGAGGGUCUGCCUCAGUCUCCUGAAUACUUGGGCAGGAUCUCAAAGUGAAGUUUGGAAUCCAGGAUCAUCCACAAUCCUCCAAGUUCUCCUCUCGCUCCAAGCUCUUGUCCUCAACGAGAAGCCUUAUUUUAACGAAGCUGGUUAUGAUACGCAGAUUGGAAAAGCUGAGGGUGAAAAGAACUCUGUCAGCUACAAUGAGAAUGCUUUUCUCGUCAGCUGCAGGUCCAUGCUAUACCUACUACGCAAGCCGCCAAAGAUGAAGAUGAUGACCUUAUUUAGUUUUUACGACUGUAAAUAUUGUUUUGAACUCGACACCAUUGUCUUCGAAAUUGGACAGCAUUUUGAGGCACUUGUGGAUGAGCACUUCAGUCGGCGCAGCAGAAAUAUCUUAUUGGCUUGUAAAGCAUACAUCCAAGGAGCUCCUAUAGGGCACUCCUUCAACAGUGAAGAUGCUGAACAAGAAACUCAGAAAGGAAGCUCAACGGGUUUCAAGAUCAUGCUCUCGAAGCUCUAUUCCAGACUCGUUGAAGCAUUUCUUGACAAGGGUUUCGAUUGCAGCAAUCUUUCAGACCAGGUUCCAUAAAUAAGCAUAUACUUGGGAAAUUUGGCUAUCGUUUGUGUAUAAUAUCAGUUUCUGCAAGCUGCACGCUCGCCGCCAUAAGGCGUUUGAUGAUGAUUGAUGUGUAGGGUUUUAUGUGUGUUUUCCUUUUUCUUUGGCCUGAAUAAGUUCAAUGUACGUCGUACAUAAACUCAGAUAAACCAUAUGUAGUAAUAGUGUAUGAUUGACUGUAAUAUAUUGUGGUUUGCAAUAAAUCAUGUAGCAGUGCUCUUCAUUGUGUAA